AUAUAAUGGUAUAGCAGAUAAGGUUGAAUGUAGUAAGAGCUCGAUGGUGGUGCGCUGCAGUGACGGCUGGGACGGUACGGCUCAGCUCACCUCUCUGGCCAUGCUGAUGCUGGACUCGCACUACCGCACACUCAGGGGCUUCCAGGUACUGAUCGAGAAGGAGUGGAUCAGCUUCGGACACAAGCUGGCCUCGCGUGUCGGCCUUGGAGAUGAGAAUCACGCCAACUCGGAACGAUCCCCUCUCUUUGUGCAGUUCAUCGACUGUGUGUGGCAGAUGAUGAGACAGGUCAGCUACUGAUGCUUUACACCACAACACUGUUGAAUUCUCCAAUCUAAUUGGUCAGAAGGUGUUGGCGACAUUUCUGUAACAGCAAGAUUCUGAUUCCAGCUGCAAGGGAAAUUACAGCUUUAUAGUGAUG